AUGGCCACGACUGGGUAUACUCUUACGGAGCGGGUUGAGGGGAUCGCUUUUGGAAAGUCAGCGCUCCCCGCGCCACCGCCACCGGAGAAGUUUUUGGAUAUUUUCUCAACCUUGGAGGAUCAAUUCAGGGACACGUGUAAGGGUGUUGGUUUUCUUUUCGGCGCUGACUCGGUCACUUCCAAUAGCAAUAGUGUUCUUGUCUCAAACGGGUGGCCACCCUACGCCCGCAUCGCAAGUAGCUUCGCUGCGGCUGCGGCACAUUCAGAACUCGGUAAAGUGUUGCGCUGGUUCGCCAAAGCUGUUGUGGGUCUAUUUGUCAACGGUGUGAAGAGUGGUGUGGGAUUCCCACAGCAGUGGGACGAGUACGUACGGCAACAAGCCGACUUAAUGGAGUAUAGGUUCGAACUCCAGGGCUUUGGGGUACUCUUCACGUAUAUACUUUGCCAGUUAGCCGCCGUUGAGAGUGCAGUGAGCGAAGGCGGCGUGAGUGGAGAGUAUAGUCCCUCCGAAGGCGCAAUCGUUGCCGACGUCCAUUUACCUGAUUUGGGUGCAGCGGCGUGCUAUCCAGAGACAAAACAGUCGGGGAAGUUACGGCCGGCGGACGGCUGCAAAGAGGCGGCCUGUGCUUCAAGAGUAAAUCAACUUGUACCUAGGAAGAGAGACAAGCUGACUACGGCGGUAGGAAAUGCCAGUGGCCCUCUGAGCCCGCUACAACCGCCAGCCCGCCACUCUUCUGCUACGGUGAGCAGGACGUUGGAACGAAAAACAGCUAUGCCUCCGGCUGUCGUUUCCCUAGGGGAUGGUAAUGUUAACGGUUCGUUGAUUCUGGGCCCAAGUAAGUCUUUGUUGAGCCCCGCACGUGGGCAUAUGGGUAUAGAUCCGCUUUACCCCCAGCAGUUACGGCAGCGGUCGCGCCCCCGUAGCGACACCCCCCCAGGAUGUGUGCCGCAACCCAAGCAAGGUGGCCCCACACCUGUUAGUAGGAGUGUCCCUCGUUUGUCUUACAGUGCCCUGCAGGUUCGUUCCUGCAGCCCCAGGGAUGAUGUGGGCGACAGCGGCUUGUACGUGGGCGCUCCCCCACCCACGAGCAACGAUGUUUCGGGCUUGGAUGAUCCCUCCAGUCAUGUCUUCAGGCGGCGAAGGGAAGCGAAUAAGCUGUUAGGAGACGGCGACUGUGGUGAACAGAAUGGCAUUAGGUUCAGCAUCGGGAAGGCGAGCCGUGUUCCACCCACCACGUCGCUUUCUCCGAUAGAAGUUCAGGAAAGAAUGAGGGCAAGUGAUCUAGCGAAACAGUAUGGCGUGAAGAGCAUCACUAACUAUGCGGAAAGGGAUGUCGAAAACUUCAAGGAACAAAUGAAAGCGUUGAGAAAGCUGUGGGAGGAAUGA